GAUGUUUGUUGAGCGGCAGUCUCAUUUGGGAUGAGGAGAAAGCCGGCAGGGGGACCUUAAACUUGGCUGAGGAGAAAGGCGAAAGCAUUGUUACUCCAGCGCCUCGGGAGGAGGAUCUGAGUAGAAGAUAAGGAUUAGACAGCAAUGUUAUGGGUAUUCAUUGAUAGGAUACAACUUCGAAGAAGAAAAAGCCCAGGAAAGUUGGAGCCUCAUGUUGCCGCUAAGCAGUUUACUUUGGAUUUGUGGUUUGAAGUGGGUCCCUUUUUUUUUUGAGGGGAGAAUGGGAUUAAAUAAGUGAGCCAAAUUGCUCACUUGUCUGGCAGUGGUAUGAACUUUUCCCCUUUCUGCCUGCAAUUUCAUACAGACUUACAAGUCAGUAGAGGGAAAUCUUUUUGAACUGAUCUCGGAUGUUCAACGUCAAGUCACCUGAUAAUAACUGGGAAGAAACAUCUUUUUGAGGUGGGGAAUCAGAGGGAUUAGAAAGCUUGAAGGAUCUGACUUCAGGAAACAUGACCUCUGUACUGAAUCCAGGCCCUCUCCUGCUGCUGCUAUGUCUCCUUCAUGGCUCUGAGGAGACCUGUCCCUCCAUGUGCCUCUGUGUAUCCGACACAGUGAGCUGUAGCUCCAGUGGUCUGGCAAAGCUACCUCAGUCCCUGCCACCCUUCUCUGUCACCCUCGACCUCAGCCAUAACCAUCUGUCCUGGCUGGGUGCGGGCAGCUUCAACAGGAUGCCCAGACUGGAAAACCUUCGGCUGACCCACAACCAGAUUGGCUCCCUCGGCCAUGGGUCGUUUAACAACGCCUCCAGCCUCAGGCACCUUGACCUGUCCUCCAACAAGCUGCAUGUGGUGGAGCAACACUACUUUCAGGGGCUGUGGAGGCUGGAGGAGCUCCUUCUCUACAAUAAUAAAAUUGCACAGGUGGAGGCCGGUACCUUGAGUGGCCUGAGCAGCUUGAAAAAGGCUUACUUCAGCCUCAACCAGAUCACACACUUUCCGUUCUUCUCCAUCCAAGACCACAGCCAUCCUUUUCUAUCCAUGCUGGACCUCUCGUCCAACCGUAUGAGUCGUCUGCCAUGGGAGGAUGUGAAAGCUCUGCCUGGGUUGGUGCAGCGGGGGCUGUACCUGCACAACAACUCUCUGAUCUGUGAUUGCUCUAUGUACAGCGUGUUCUGGCAUUGGGAUCUGAGGGAUUAUGACUCACUGAGAGACUUCACGGAUGAGCACACUUGCACCAUCUAUGGGAACCCACGAGCGUCCAUCCGGUUCCUGCGACACUCCCGCUUCUUCCAAAACUGCACUUUAGAGAAAGCUGUGUCAAUGCCAGUGACCGUGCUCCUCUCCAAUGUGGUGGUUUUAGAGGGAGAAAGAGUGCAUCUAGACUGCCAAACGUCCCUGAGUAGCACAGACCUCACAUUUACAUGGCUCUCCCCCAGCAAGGGGUACAUCACCCAGAGUAGCAUAAAUGACACACUAAUUAGCCUGUUUCCUAAUGGUACCUUGGAGAUCCAAGCAGUCAAGGUCAAUGACUCAGGUUUGUAUGUGUGCACAGCGGUGGAUAUUAAACAAGCACUGAAUGCGACCCGGGAGGUGAAUGUGACGGUGCUGCUGCCCCCAGCAGAGCCCUUCAACACCGGCUACACAACAUUGUUGGGCUGUGUGGUGACCAUGAUCUGCAUCCUCGUAUACCUCUUCCUGACUCCGUGUCGCUGCAGCUGCUGUAAACAGCCCAAACCUCCAGCCAUCCCAAUUGCAACCUAUGACCCCAGCACUCUAACCUCUGUUUUCUCCCCCUCCAUAAGAGACCAGCACAAAAUCCAACCUAACAGGCACGUAGCAUUCAUGGAGCCAAUGUUAAGUGAAGAAGGAACAGAAUGGACACCUGAAAGUUGAUGCUGAACAAGGUUUUCUCCUUUUUCUUUUUCGAAGUGGACUCCUGGACAAAGUAAAACUCCUUACUCAGGAAUUAGCUCAGAGAUGCAAUGAGAGGUGUGUUAACGCUGUAAAGGAAAAAGAACAUCAUGUCUCUAUCCCGACUGCCAGCUGCAGUUAAACGGCCUCCUGAACAAAAAAAGCAAUAUCUCCUGUUCCAAUUCUGCUUCUCUCUGUCAUCUAGCCCAGUAGUCGAAAUGAAAGUUUCAACUGUGGUUUAUUGCCCUCGGUGUACUGACAUUGCUAAAUCACAGUAGAGCCAUUAUCAGCCCUAAAAAUCAGCUAAUAACUUCUCUGUGUACUCAGGUACGGCACUAGGGGGGAAUAUUUCUCGCGGGAUCAGAGAGUGAAUCUGGCUCACUUUUCACAGAAAGUGUUUAACGAGGAUUAAAACCCCCGGAAAAACGCUGCAAGUUCAUGACUGUGACAGACUGCAGAAAGUAAAUUCAUCCUGUGUUGAGUUGAGGUGCUUUAAUUGGUGUGGUAGAGAUAGGCACUUGCACUGCAUCAGCUGAAGAUAACUCAUAAUAUACAGCUUAUAUUUCUUAUACUAUGUAGCUUAAACACGGAGCACCUAAACUCUAUCCAACCCCUGAAAACUUAUGUUGCCUGUGUUCCUAAUAAAGGAUUUGUUCCCUUUA